AUGAAGAAGAUACACAAGGCUAUUGUCUCUUCUACAGAGUCUUCUAAUCGCUUAGGCACCAGAAGCCCUGCAGCUGGCGGCUACAUUGCCAUCGACGGAUCUACUGGUAUCGGCGAAUGUGACAAUGUCGACGAAUAUGCCAACAUUGAGGUACCGAACGCUGGUAGCGAGUUUGCAUUCGUUAGCAACUUCAACGAUGUUAACUGGUUCGCUGACACGUACGAGCUGAGCAAUACCAGCGACUUCACCAGUGUUAACGGGCUCACCAACAUGGACACGUUCACUAUUGGUAACGCGUUCACCAAUAACCAUGCGUUCAACAAUGGCAGUAUGUUCACCAAUGGCAACGUGUUCACCAAUGCCAAUACGUUCACCAACAUCGACACAUUCGCCAACAUGGACGUGUUCAGCAACGGCGAUGCGUUCACCAAUGACUUCACCAACAUCAACACGCUCCCCAACAUCGACGAGUUCACUGAUCAGUAUGGGCUCGCCGGCAUCAAUGGGAUUAGCACCGCUAACGCUUCUGCGAGCAGCGAGUUCACCGGCUUGGAAGAAGUUGAUCAUAUGGACGGAUUCGACGAUCUUCAAUGGCUUCCUGGUGUUGAUGGUUUUACGAACUUCUGA